UCUCUCUCUGUCUCUCUCUCUUCCCCCGCAUCACUACCGAUACAAGAGUAAGACAAAGAUAAGGACGUCUGAAUAUAUUAUCAUAGAUAAUAUUUUACAGUUUCUUGUAUUUAAUCAAUGCAUGACGACAACUGUGUAGUGAACACAAUUAGUCGGCGGCUGGUUGUUGGGGUGGUUUUGUAAAAAUCACCUGCGCAAUUAUAAGCAGGACUUGUACGUUUUUAAGGGAAGCUGAGAGCUGCUAACAUGGAUAUCGCAGCGUCAUCUCGCCGAAAAGCACUGGCUAUCAGGCAAUGGACUGUACAACGGAAAAACCUUGUGAAUAUCUGCAGACUUGCAGUGAAAAGUCUGAUAGAUAUGGCUGCAUUGGAUAUCAUUGAUGAUGAUUGUGAAGAACUCAUCAAUUUAUUGGCUAUUCUUGAACAAAUUUUGAUGCACCGUUUACGGCCACACAAAACCUGGUAUGGAUCUGAAGGAACACGACCAUUUUGGGAUUACAUCCGAGUUGCUUGUCAGGGUGUUGCACAUAACUGCAUCGAGAGCAUUAAUACAAUUGAAAAUAUUCGUUCCCCUCAUGCAAAAGGACAAGCUUGGUUAAGAGUUGUACUGAUGGAAAAGAGAUUAUCUGAAUAUCUAUCUGAAGCUCUGAAGCAAACUAGGAUAACAAAGAACUUCUAUCAAGAAGGUGCUGUUAUGUUGUCUGAUGAUGCAAAAAUGCUGUGUGAUACCUUACUUGGAAUGAAUGCCAUUGACUUCAGCUUUUGUUUGAAAGGAGAGAACAUUGAAUUACUUGGCCCAAUUGCUGUUGACUACACUCCAUAUUUACAAUAUUUUUCUAGUUCAGAGAGUAUUGAAGCAGACUUAAGGGACUUCACUAAUUCUAAUAGUAGUAGCAGUCUUUUGAAUGCUGAAAACUUGAAUGAAGAUUCAUGGCGAAUGAAAUACUAUAAGCUGGAAGCUAACUACAAGAUAAUCCAUGAACAGAAGGGAUACUUUGAAGAACUUGUUCGGUUAAGAGAGGACCAACUUCAUGAAAUUCAUAAGCAGUAUGAAAAGCAUGUUGAGACGCUACGGUCUAUGGAAUCGGAUGGAAUUCGAGAAAGAUGUCAACUGGAAUCUGUGAUAAUAGAGUUACAAGGACAAUUGAGUGCUAUGAAAGAUUAUAGCCAUUCACUUCAACAAGAAUUACUUUUUUUGAUGUCACGUCAACAAAUGAUGCCACUGUCUUCAGCUAUGGAACCUAUUUCAACCCAGAAAGAACAUUGUUCAGAAUUGGAUAAUGACCCAUCUUCAUAUGCCUCACCUGAAUGCAUUUCUGUUCUGAGUCAUUCAAGUCAACAUCAUAACAGUGACAUUAGUAAUCAAUCUUCUUUAACGGUACCCCUGUAUAAAAGUCAAAAGAAAGAAGAUUCUCAGAGUUUGGUUCCUUUGGCUGGCUCAUUCUCAUCUGAAGCAAGUAUGAAAAUGAUUGAUAAUCAGUGUGUGGCAGGCCCAACAGAUGGCUCCCCAACCAUGGAUAGUGACAGUGAACCUCCUAGUAGUGCUGCAAGUGAAAUGACUCGCCAACACCAAUUAAUGAUGUUCAGAUCUCCUAAAGAAAAAUCUGAUAAGAAUAAAACUGGCAAUACAAACAUUACAGUGUCACCACCUGGCAUCAAAGCCAAAGUUGAAGCAAAUAAUUCUAAUGACACAGCUAAACCCGAUUUAGUUGCUUUUUGUGAUCCUGCUGAUAAUGGUAAUGCAAUUGCUUCUACUUUGUCUGCUAAUGAUACCACAGACAGUCUCAAUAAUGACUGUACUCCCAAAAAUGAAGAAAUACCGUUGGAAAAGGAAUCAGAAAAUACCUCUGCACCAUGUCCGCAGAGAGUUCUACCAAAUCUCUCAGAUGAUGUGGAAAAGAAUAGUGAACAUUUAGAAUCUAAUGCUGGCCAUUCAGAUUCUGAAAGCUCCAGUUGGUCAGACGUUGGUCUGGUCCAAGAUUCCGCUGAUUCUGAUUCAAAUGGUGUUCACAACAUAAAAAAAGAUUCUUCAAAGAAAACACCUGUCAACAGGGCUUUCUAAGCUUUCAACUAAAAAGAUAUAUGUCUCAGAAGUAUUUGAAAGAACAAAGUGAUUUAGAAAUCUUUCUUAAAUAUGCUGCUAAUAACUGUUUAAGUAUAAACUGUAACAUUCCUCUAAGUAUUUUUUUUCUUAGCUGUACCAGAAGGAUUUUUUUAAAAUAUCUAUUUGAGUUAGUAAAACUGUUAUUAGUAUCUUCAGGUUAAAAGAUAUUGAUAUGUUUGUAACAUAAAUAUAAAUUCAAAUUAUAUAACUUUUGAAAACAAUAAUUCUCC